AUGAUCUCACCGUUCUUGGUGCUGGCCAUUGGCACCUGCCUUACCACCUCCUUAGUGCCAGAGAAAGAGAAAGACCCCAAGUACUGGCGAGACCAAGCCCAGCAGACCCUGAAACAUGCCCUGAGCCUUCAGAAGCUCAACACCAACGUGGCUAAGAACACCAUCAUGUUCCUGGGAGACGGGAUGGGCGUCUCCACGGUGACGGCCGCCCGCAUCCUCAAGGGCCAGCUGCACCACAACACCGGGGAGGAGACCCGGCUGGAGAUGGACAAGUUCCCGCAUGUGGCCCUCUCCAAGACAUACAACACCAACGCUCAGGUCCCCGACAGCGCGGGCACCGCCACCGCCUACCUGUGCGGGGUGAAGGCCAACGAGGGCACCGUGGGCGUGAGCGCCGCCACCCAGCGCUCCCACUGCAACACCACCCAGGGCAACGAGGUCACCUCCAUCCUGCGCUGGGCCAAGGACGCCGGGAAAUCCGUGGGCAUUGUGACCACCACGCGAGUGAACCACGCCACCCCCAGCGCCUCCUACGCCCACUCCGCCGACCGGGACUGGUACUCGGACAACGAGAUGCCCGCAGAGGCCCUGAGCCAGGGCUGCAAGGACAUUGCCUACCAGCUCAUGCACAACGUCAGGGACAUUGAGGUGAUCAUGGGGGGCGGCCGGAAGUACAUGUACCCCAAGAAUAGAACUGACGUGGAGUACGAGCAGGACGAGAAGGCCAGGGGCACAAGGCUGGACGGCCUGAACCUCAUCGACAUCUGGAAGAGCUUCAAGCCCAGACACAAGCACUCUCACUACGUCUGGAAUCGCACCGAACUCCUGGCCCUCAACCCCAACACCGUGGACUACCUCUUAGGCCUCUUCGAGCCGGGGGACAUGCAGUACGAGCUGAACAGGAACAACGUGACGGACCCGUCCCUCUCCGAGAUGGUGGAGGUCGCCAUCAAGAUCCUGAGCAAGAACCCCAGAGGCUUCUUCCUGCUGGUGGAAGGAGGCAGGAUCGACCACGGGCACCACGAGGGCAAGGCCAAGCAGGCGCUGCACGAGGCGGUGGAGAUGGACCAGGCGAUCGGGCUGGCCGGCACCAUGACCUCCCUGGAGGACACGCUGACCGUCGUCACCGCCGACCACUCCCACGUGUUCACCUUCGGCGGGUACACCCCCCGGGGCAACUCGAUCUUCGGUCUGGCCCCCAUGUUGAGCGACACUGACAAGAAGCCCUUUACCGCUAUCCUGUACGGCAACGGGCCCGGCUACAAGGUGGUGGGCGGUGAGCGAGAGAACGUCUCCAUGGUGGACUACGCUCACAACAACUACCAGGCGCAGUCCGCCGUGCCCCUGCGCCACGAGACCCACGGCGGGGAGGACGUGGCGGUGUUCGCCAAGGGCCCCAUGGCGCACCUGCUGCACGGCGUCCACGAGCAGAACUACAUCCCCCACGUGAUGGCGUACGCGGCCUGCAUCGGCGCCAACCGCGACCACUGUGCCUCGGCCAGCUCCUCCGGCAGCCCCGCCCCAGGCCCCCUGGUGCUCCUGCUGGCCCUGCUCCCCCUGGGCGUCCUGUUCUGA